GAGCCAUGCGUAUGCACUUUUCCUGAUUAUCCGAAAAAAAAGCCACCCCGUGAAAUCUGCCGACCAUCAUCACGUCAAGAGACCCGGGGGAUUAAAUCUGUUUUAAGAUAACGCUGUUUACUUGCCAUCGAUCCUGUGGCAGAAGAACGCCGCUUUGCCAAUUGUCAACCAAUAGCAAGCCUAUUGCCAUUUCAGAUAGAGUCAAUAGUCGGUGUUGACAGUGGAUAGUUGCUUCGUGCGCCCAGGUAUCCCGUUUUCUGGGCGACUCAAUCCGUUUUAGGACGUUUUGCUGGCAGCAGGAGCUUCAAAGUGUUACUGCUUCGUCUUAAUGGCGUUUGUUAUAAAAGCUUUCGUUGGCGCCGCUCUGGUGCUGGCCAUCGUGUGCGACUUAACGACCGCUGUCAACAAUUCUUGUAUCGGCGAUUGUGACAUGGAUUGGGAGCCGCGAGAUGUUAAAGAUAGCGAAAUUCGUCUGGCUGCCGAAUAUGCCGCUCAUUUCUAUUCUCAACAAAACCAUCAAGAGUUCCAAGAUAUCCUUGUCGAAGUUGUCAAUGCCUACAAAAAGCCAUGCCGUUUCCCGAUGUACAAUUUUACUGCUGUCUACGGUACCUCGAACUGUAGGGUGGACGACUUCGAGUCGUUGGAUUGUACCCUCGUCGCUGAAAAGAAUCUUCAUAAAUGCAAGUCAUUCAUGGUGGUUCAGCCGGGCCGUGGUAGCGUGCUGGAGGAACACAGCUGUGUAACUAUCAAGCAAAAAAACGAUAAAUGAAGAUAAAUAUUUUGUCUACUCGAAAGCGAACCUUUUGGAGAGCUCUUUAGAAAAACUUUCAAAGCUUUAUUCCAGCCUAUUUUUAUUAGUCGAAAAUAAAUGGAUAACUUACUUGUGGGAGUUUCCCAGGAACCGUUUACGCUAUCUAUGCCACACUUUUCGAUAACGUAAUCCAAAGCGAUUAUUAUAUAACUGGAGCUUAGCAGGGCUACAGAUCCUGUGUUUAUUUCGUUGGAAUCGCCUUUUAGAUGCAUGGAGAAAUGGCUUUCUACUUGGAAAACACUCACAGCGGAACUCGGUUCCGCUAUUAAAUUCGGCAUUGUUACUUGAAAAGAAAGAAGCAAUGUCUAAACAGCUUUCAUUUAGGUUAGCUUACCCUAUGACUAUCGUGUUUCCACUUCAGGGUACAGACGUUGGCAUAAAAUGGCUUUUCUAUCGUACUCAGUUAUAUUGAGAAGGUUAAAAAGGAUUGAACGUUAAGAUUUAAAUAAAACCAUGUAUGGGUUCGUUUGCGCUAACCCACAGGCGUGUAGAGUUUCGGAUCAACAAGUUAUUUAGAAAAGUUCUAGGCUUGUAAAACGUCGCUGAGCUUUGUUAUCUUAGGCCCCGUAGUUUCAGAUGCAAAAACCUGGGGCAACUAAGUUGAAGGCGCCGACAAUAUAAUCAAGACAUGUAGAGGGACUGUUCGCUUCAUUCUUGACGGUCAAUGAACGGGUGACAUUAAAAAUUAACUAGUGAUAUAACAGGAGAUAUAGCUAGCAGAAGACCAGAGUCACAGCAAUAGAGCCGACUAAUGGGUAAAAACGGGCCUUUAAAAAGAGAAACAAGUUAGAGAUACUGUGUAAUACCCGGGCUCAAGAAAUAUGUUGGGAACGAUAAAAUAUUCUGAUAUUUUUAUGGAGCUGUAUAUUUCGUUGUAUGUUGGUCGCUACUACCAUGCAAUAUAUAUAUAUAUAUAUAUAUUAUCUUGCCGUACAAAAGAAUAUUGCCCCAUACACCCUGUCAGGCCUGGAUGUCCUGAGCCAGCUAUAAAAGUCGAGUUGCACAAGACAGAAAGAGACCAAAACAGAAUUACACAAAUAUAUCUAAUGUAUUUCACAAAAAAACAAGCCGGGAGAGAACUAGAACGUAACUGCCGAGAUACGCUUAGUGUAGCACCCGACGACAAGAAGAAGAAACCCAGUCUAGAUAUUAAACUCAGAUCUAUUAAAUAAAUGCGAUUGCACAGAAUGCAUCACGACCGGUGUAGGAUUCAUAUAAUGUUGUGAGGGAUUUUACGGUCUACAGAGUCAAAUAUCUGAGCAAAAAGGAAAAAGUAAAAAUACAGUAAUUUAAAAAAUAAGUUAUUUUUCUCUGAGAGGUCUUCUUCAUGGGUUUUCUGUGUGAAGUUAUCUGUUAUUGAACUUCGACCACGGAAAUAGCGCCUACCGACAUAUAGAUUUUCCAGUUUCCAUCCAUUUGCGUUUAGCUUUCAGUCGUAGAGAUAGCUCGCAAGACAACAAAGCCCGUUGAAGAUCUUUUGACGGCGUGGUACGGCCGUUAUUCAUGUAGAUACCGACAAGUGCUUGACUAAUUAACUUUCGAACUGUAGAGCUAAACAAUUAAAUUGAAACUGGGUGAUGGUCCACUUCAUUGAGAUUCACCAUAAGCAGGUUUGCUGGAGCUGUCUACCAGCCACGCGUCGCCGCCUACACAGCGACCGCCUACUACGGCCUUAAGAUAGGUUAGAACUUCAACCUUGGAAUUUAUCUGUAAGCCUAGCGCAUUUCUCCGAUACUUUUUUUAAUAGGCACUCCAGCACUGAGGCAGUAUAUGGACGUGCCUCAAUGUCGUAUUUAGAAUUUGAAUUUAGAUAAUAAUGAAUAUCAUUUAGUAUAUAAGAACAUUGUGUACAGGCGCUAAACUAGAAGGACACAAGUAAGCUAAAUUGUGCUAUUCGUAAGUAUUUGUGAUAUUUCAAGGUGUUCGAACGGUGCCUUCUGCUGGUUGUUUAGGAGAAACGUUGGUGGUUAAAGACUGCGCAUUGUCACUUGAACGACUGUGAGACAUUAUUACUAUCUGUGUUGAGCCGAUUGAAAGAGAAUGCUUGAUUAUAUUUGAAAAAGACAGUAAUAUAUACACGAAAAAUAUAUGCUUCAAUACAUAAUGUUUCAUGACGCAAUGCUCCUUGAAGAGGACUACGACAAAUCUAUGUGACUGACUAUUGUCUGAAGGUGCCCUUUAUAUUAUGAUUAAUAUAAUACGGCUACUAGUGUGCUUCUAAGAAUUGACGGUUUUUGAAUCGUUUUUUUAGCAGAACAGGCAAAUGCUAGGAGAGACGUAAGGCCACGGAAUAUGCCGUUCAUGUUCACUCACAAUUGACGGGCCUGGUGUACAAGCUGAGGUUCUCGAAAAUCAUAUCAAGACAAACGUGGACGGUAGUCCCUUUGCACCUAUCCUUGUUAUAAAAAUAAUAUCCGAUAAUUAUUUCCCGCUUUUACUACUGUUUUGUGCAAACCAUAGCUACUACUGAAUGUCUUGCCUAGAAUUGAGCUGACCUGUUCCGUACGAUUUAUAUCGUGUUUAUGUUGCAUGUAUUAAUCAAUGUAGGAACAAGUUCAUUAUUUCUAGUCUAUUUCAUUAAAAUGUGAUAGUUAGACACGGUUCCUGUAUUCCAAUGUAGGCGACUUCGACACCAUAAGCUGUUCGCCCACCCCG